AUGCCUAACCAUAUUGUCCUGGCAUCAGGUGCUGUAGUCGCUGUUUCGGUCGCUAUCGCCACCACUAUUGCCAUCUUCGAGUCGCCUGAAGUGCGACGAUACGCCGACGAUGUUCGAAGGCGGAUAGCUUUCGCCCUCCACUCUAUGGGUGAGGGUAUCGAACCUCCCCACCGUGAGCCCAGGUUUAAUAGACCUGAGGAUGCCGAUGGAUUUUUCGAGUCCCGUCGUGGCGCUGGUGCCGAAGCUGGUGUUGACGCUGAUGAGGAAACUCGCCGGCGACAACGUGAGGAACUUCUUUAUUGGAACUCGGUCAUGCUAGAGAAGCAAGAGAAGGAACAAAAAGACAAGGAAAUCGAUGAGAAAAACCUGGACACAUCACGACGAGGCUCUCAUUCAUUUGAUGACUUCCUUCGUCAGGAUGAGGGUGCUGAGCGAGGCGCUUAUGUCUUUAACACUGGAACUGAUACCCGCGCAAUGGAUGAUGGUCUACGACGUCGUGGCGAUGGUGCCCGCGGCUUCUCAUCUCUCUACACUAACCCCUUUGCCGAUGAACACAACAUUGACCAAGACGAACUGAACGACGAUAUUGAGCAAAGCCGCCACCUUUCUCCCGCCCAAGACGAAAUCUCCGACAUCUACAGCGCCACUACCCAGGACCGAGAUGAGAAGCCCGCCGCUGCUCUUAUUGACACUGACCCCACCCCCGCCCUUUCUGAGAGAGCCUCUUCCGCCACACUUGAGCGUGAAAUCGGUGUCGACGAGUACAUGACCGCUGGACAAGAGGACCGCGACGAUGCUUAUUCCUCCAUCCAGGCCUGGGCGCAAAACACCAGCCCCGAGUUUUACUCUCCUCUUCCCGUUACCCCCAGCGCCCCCAUGUCUGAGCCUGAAAUCAUCAGCGAUGAUGGCAUGGUGACACCCACCGACUCUGUGUCUCUUGUCGGUUCCGGGGAGGAUAUUGCCAACGAUGCGCAAUCGUCUCGCGAGGGUGAGACUGGCCGCUACUUCGAUGUCAUGAGCGAGAGCUCUGGCAUGGCUACACCCGCUAGCUGGUCUGAGGUCGGCAGCGUCAUCAGCGAGAGCGACGCCCACAUUCCUGUCCACCAAUAA